AUGGUUUGUGGGCAAGUCCCCAGGUGCCGCAGGCUUUGUCGCCCUCGUCCCUUCCUUCUGGCUUUAGUGGUGGCCAUCUGUCUGUUCUGCCAGACCCUGACUCCUCUCAUGACCAGCAGCAUCCUUUCAGCAGUUGUUAAUGGGAUUGCACCCAACAAACUGACUAAAACACAGCAAGGAAGAUACAAGGAGGUCUCCCCAAGCACCACUCACUGCUUCCUCCCUGGCAGUAAUUCAGAGACAGUGAAAAAGAUUGAUGACUCCAUUCUUCAGUAUUUUGGAAGCCAUACAAGAAGAGCAGUUCUACAUGCACCUCCUGCCCACUGUGAAACUGAGCGUCAGCUCUGUCAGCGCAUCCUGGCAAAACAUGGAUAUACAGUCACAAUCCUUGAAAACAGGAGACUGGUGGAAGAUCCCAGGCAUGAGGACCCUUAUCACAGUGGCAUAAACCCUUGGGAUCUUUUGAUCUGCUUAUCUUCCAGAAAAAAUGGUGGAACUGGCUGCAUUCAAACAGAAGACUUGCAUAAUCUAGAGUUAUUCCAGAAGGUAAAUCUACUUCCAGAAAUCCAGCAUUUUCUUUGCAGAAAAGAGGGAUUAUGCCAGAUAACAAAAGCCUUUUCAGACCUGCAUCUCCCAGUUGUCACUCCAGAGUGUUCUGGCCAGCCUGGACCGUCGAGGGCCAGUGCCGCAAGCACUGUGUCCCAGGGCAGCGAAAGCACUGACAGGUCACGUCUGCAGCACUGGUGGAAGCAGAGCACGAGCACAAAGUUGAAUCAAGUAUCACUUUCACCAGAUCACAAGGACAUCCUUAAAGCUCAAGACCUUUCUGUCAUCAUCAAAGCAUAUGUGCUUGUGACAUCCUUAACACCUCUGCGAGCAUUUAUUCAUUCAACCACCACUGUCUGGCAUCCACCCAAGAAGAAGCAUUUUACCAUAAAG